AUGGUCUACGGAUGCCACAUCUACUUUGCCAUCUACUACAGCUCCAGCACCUACUACAGCAGGGUCUACGACUGGAACGUCUACUACAACAUCUACUACAGCUCCAGCACCUACUACAGCAGGGUCUACGACUGGAACGUCUACUACAACAUCUACUACAACUACACCACCCACUACAACAGGGUCUACGACUGAAACAUCUACUUUGACAUCUACUACAACUACAUCACCAACUACAGCAGGGUUUACGACUGGAACAUCUACUACAACAUCUACUACAGCUCCAUCACCCACUACAACAGGGCCUACGACUGCAACAUCUACUACAACUACAUCACCUACUACAGCAUCUACUACAAUAGGGUCUACAACCGCAACAUCUACUACUACAAGUCCUACCGCUGUUGCAUCUACUACUCCGAGCCCUACAACUCUUGGGACAACUCUAAAUACUUCAACUUCUGCAUCCCCUUCACCAACGAUUCCUCCCACGACUACCGCUGCUCAAACUGCUAGCCCUCCGAAGGUUGUUAGUGAUGAAUGUCAAAACACACUGCAAAACAACGGAAGUAGCACAAAUGUGAAGAUCAUUUUGGAUGUCAUUAACCCACCCUAUGAGGUUCUAAUGCUCUUCUUCUAGAUUUUAUUAAACUUUUUUCAGAUUUCAACAAUGCUCAAAUGUCGCCUUCUGAAUUCUGACAUUGUCAACGCUGCGAGAACGGACGUCUCUCGAAACUGUGGAAAUGGAGGCUCAGAGCAAUUUGAAACGGUUAGAGUGUAUCUCGUAUAAACCACCAUUUCAUAUUUCAGACUUUGGCCAACGUGAAAAAAGCUCUGAACUGCUGA